UCUUCUUCCUUACAUUUCAUUCGUCCCAAAGAACAUUUCUAUUCCUCUUUUAUACAAACAAAAAACAAUGGCUACUGCUGCUUCAUCUUCUUCCUUUACCAUGCUUCAUUUAGCUUCAUUGUUCUCCAUUUUCGUAUUAGUUAACGCAAGAAUCCCCGGUGUUUACACCGGUGGAUCCUGGGAAACUGCUCAUGCCACUUUCUAUGGCGGCAGUGAUGCUUCUGGCACAAUGGGUGGUGCGUGUGGAUAUGGGAAUUUAUACAGCCAAGGCUACGGUGUCAACACGGCGGCUCUAAGCACCGCGUUGUUUAACAAUGGCCUUAGUUGCGGUGCUUGUUUUGAGAUCAAAUGUGCUAAUGACCCGAGGUGGUGUCAUCCUGGUAGCCCUUCUAUUUUCAUCACCGCCACUAAUUUCUGCCCUCCUAAUUUCGCUCUUCCCAGCGAUAAUGGUGGUUGGUGUAACCCGCCACGGCCUCAUUUUGACCUUGCCAUGCCUAUGUUCCUCAAGAUCGCUGAGUACCGUGCCGGUAUUGUCCCCGUUUCUUUCCGACGAGUGCCGUGCCGAAAGCAAGGGGGAAUACGAUUCACUAUCAACGGAUUCCGUUACUUCAACUUGGUUUUAAUCACCAACGUCGCGGGUGCUGGGGAUAUCGUGAAGGUGAGCAUUAAAGGAACCAACACCGGUUGGACCAGCAUGAGCCGGAACUGGGGUCAAAACUGGCAAUCCAACGUCAUUUUAGUUGGCCAAGCGCUGUCGUUUCGUGUCAAAGGCAGUGACAAACGAACUUCCACCUCUUGGAACGUGGCACCAACUAAUUGGCAGUUUGGUCAAACCUUCACUGGAAAGAAUUUCCGUUAUUAAAUAACAGACCCGUCACAGACAGUUACCCUAUUCUUUUCUUCCGCCAUUCAAUUGUCCUUCAUUUUCCCGGGAAAAUCUGAAGCGGCGGUAAAAGUUAAGGUUGAGGUAAAAAUUGUGGGUUUUUACCUUUUUGUUAGGAUUUUACAGUGAUAGAUACGAAAGUGAUUAAAGUGAAUUUAUGUGUGGUAAUUUUGUUUUUUACCUAAGCUUAGGCCUUGGGGGUAAGGCGAUGUUUCUUUUUAGUCUUUGUUUUGUCAUUGAGUUGGGUGGUAAUAGUAAAAUCUCCAGUGAGUGGUAAAAAAGUCGUAAAAGGGAGCUGAAGCGGCUUAAACUGUAGCCCGCACCUCUUCGGUCAUGUAGUAAUUUUACAUUUUUACUGUUACUAUGAUACUGUAGUUUUCUACUAUAUAAAUAAAUGUAUUGCGUAGUUUAUACUAUAAUAAAUGUGACUUUUGUUCCAAUUUUAA